UAUUCCAAUUUUCUACACAAUUAAAACAUACAAACAACUAAAACACUUUAAUUAUUGUCAGAUUUUUGCACACACAAUUUAAUUAAAGACCCAUGAGCACAUGGCCAGAAACUGUCUGCGCAACAGAAACACAAUUUUGCAAAAACCAAAAAAUACAAAAACUAACGGCAAGAAAUAAUAAUAAAUAUGAAUAAAAUCAUUUUAGUGUUUGCAUUUUUGUUUCUGAUACUUGUGAACACUGCAGCAAUUGAGGUUGCACAGAAACCAUGUCGCCGGCAAUGUAGCUCACGGAUACGUAGUCAAAUUGUAUGUGCCCAGGAUAAAGAUGGUCGCAAUUGUCGUAAGUUAAAGGAAUGUGAACUACGUGAGCUAAAUUGUCGUUUAAGAAGUCGCAAACAAUCAAUGCUUAUGCAAACCUACAUGCAACGUUGUCGUUUAAUAAAAGGUACGACAGGACGUAAUAAAUGUGCCCCACCUUUGGUAAUGAUACGUCGUAAGCCAAGAACGAUGAUGCGUGAUUGCCAACGUUUACGUUGUUGGGAUAAUAGCAAACGUGCAUGUUAUCGUUGUCCUCACAAAGGUGACAUAUGUCAAUUGCUAACUGCGUGCCAGGCAGAACGUGCAAAUUGUCAACGUCGUUGGAGAAAUCAACUCAUUCGUGUUGAGGAUUAUGAAUGUGAAAAUCUUAAAUCUGGUCAUAUGGGGAGAUGCAUGAAGAAAUUCAAUUAGUAUGGCUUAAGGAAAAUAAAUUUUGAAAUGGUUAUUUGGUAUUUUGCAAGAGAGUUAAUUGAAUAAAAGUGAAAUUAAAUUGAAUAAAGA